AUGUGGCCAAAUUUUGUGAGAGUGGCGCUACGGCUGCUGCUGCUGCAGCUGCCCAUUGGUGGUCAAGGCAUAGUCAAUCCGUCGAAUGAGUCAGCCAAUAUGGUUAUUUAUAUGCUGCCCGCGAACGACGUCGGCCCGCGCACUUGGCAGGUGGGCGUCGAUUGCCUGGACAGCUUCUCGCAAAUCUUCUUCUACCGAAAUCCGCUCGAGCGCUUCACGCGCUCCUACAAUCUGAUGCUGACAAAUGUGUUCAACAUGUCCCUGCCCGCAGACCUCAUACAGCAGGGAUUUAGUGAGCGCAUCAACGAGGUCAUCAGCGACCCAACGCCGCAACCCGAGAGGCAGUUCUUCCAGUUGCGCGUCAUCUCAGAUCACUUUGACCGCACAAAGUUCUUCGGAGAGCUGCUGCUGGCGGACAACUAUGUGAUUGUCGUGGACAGCGUGGAGCGUUUGCACAAGCUGAUGAGCCACCAUGUGAGCAAGAGUCGCUCGUGGAAUCCUGGUGCACGCUUCCUGGUGCUCUUCAACAAUGUCCAGAUGCGGGACAAGCCCUGGACAGUCGCUUCAAAGAUCUUCAACGAUCUGAUGAGCAACUUCUAUGUGCACCGCGUAGCGCUCAUCUUCUCCAACUCGUCCUCAAACUACAAUCUUCUGGUGAACGACUACUACAGCAAUGUGGACUGCCGCGUGCUCAGCGUCCAGAGCGUGGGCCAGUGCCAAGAGGGUCAAUUGUUUCCUUCGGCCCAUGCUGUGCACGUCGCCAUGUCGGACUACAUAAGUGGCUUCAGCCCGCGGAACUGCACCUUCUACGUGUGCGCUGCCAUCGCGGCGCCCUUCGUCGAGGAGGACUGCAUCGUGGGCAUCGAGAUGCGAAUUCUGGGCUUUAUGCGCAAUCGCUUGCAGUUCCUGGUAAAUCAAACGUGCACUCGGGACACCCGAGGCGAGGUGGAUGAGGUGGGCAAAUGGAAUGGUCUGCUAGGCAAAUUGGAGGAUGGUGAAUGCGACUUUAUCAUGGGCGGCUUCUACCCGGACAACGAGGUGGUGGGCAUAUUCUGGGGCAGCGACAGCUACUUGCAGGACGCGCACACCUGGUUCAUCAAGUUGGCGGACCGCCGACCUGCCUGGCAGGCCAUGGUCGGUAUCUUCAGGCCGUACACUUGGGUCUGCUUCCUGCUGAUGCUGGUGCUGAGCUGGCUGUGCUGGUACGCGCUGGUGUCUCUCUUGCCAGAGCCGCCGUUCUUCCAGCCGCUCAGCUUGACCGGCAUCAAUGCUUUGGCUGUGUCCAUUGGCACGGCCGUGCAGGAGCGGCCCGUGUGCGAGGCGACGCGCGUCUUCUUCAUAAUGCUGACACUAUACGGAAUCAAUGUAGUGGCCAUAUACACCUCGAAGAUGAUAUCCACGUUCCAGGACCCAGGCCAUCUGCACCAGAUGGACACUCUGCAGGAGGUGGUGGCAGCCGGCAUACCCUUCGGCGGCGAGGAGGAGAGCCGCGACUGGUUCGAAAACGAGGACGACAUUUGGAUAUUCAAGGAGUACAAUUCCUCCACUGAGUUCAGGCCGCGCACCCAGAACCUGAGGUAUGUGGAGCAGGGCAAGCGCUGCAUACUGAGCAGCCGCAUGUACAUCAUGCAGAAUCUGUACGCGGACGACAUCUAUGCCUUUCCCCAGAACGUCUUCAUCAGCCCCAUGCAGCUGAUCAUGAAGGCGGGCUUCCCAUUUCUGUACGAAAUGAAUAUGAUCAUACGCUAUAUGCGCGACGUGGGCAUCAUACAGAAGAUCGACUCGGACUUCCGCUUCAACAACACCUAUUUGAAUCGCAUUUCGAAGAUGCGUCCCGACUUCGCAGCGACUGUCAUCGUCUUGACGACGGAACAUCUGAAAGGUCCUUUUGGCAUCCUGAUCGUGGGCAUCUGCAGCGCCACGCUGACAUUCCUCGGCGAGCUGCUCUGUGGCUUUAGAUGCCAUAGACGUCGGAAGGGACGUGGCAAGCGACGCAGCAAGUGGCAUAAGGAACGCCAGCAGUUGCAGAAGGCGGUGGCUCCGGUGGUGCGCUUUACGCCCGUUAAGCGACGCAAAGUCCUCUAAGUAGCUGUCCAGGCAGACACAACAA